UUAAAUUUUAGAAAAAUUCUGUGAAUAUAUGCGUCCUGGGAAUGAGCUGGAAGCCACAGAUACGAUAGAAAGCAGUGAUUUUGGAGUAGUAGUUGGUUGGGACCAACAGGGAGUCUCGAUUCAGAAAUCAGCGAUUGGCAUCUCACUCUCCACGAACACACACAGUGAAAAGCGGUCGCCGUUGAUGUUUUUGGGCGUCUUGGUGGCAUAGUAGCGCUAGUUGCGUGACUUCCUCGCCGUUGGCGGAAGCGGCGGCGGCGUAUUCAGGCACGUCCGAUAAGUUCAAUCUGUUGUCUGUCUUCUCUCUGGGUGAACAGGGCUUGUUGAUUGAUGUUUAGGGAAAUUACUAAUUGACAUUAUUUUGUAUUAUGGGCCCUGAUCUAGAACUUAAAGGACGACCAGAAAGUGUCAUGGAAUCUUCAGGUAAUAAGGAAACUGUAGGUGUAAAGAGAAAACAACAAGAUGAAUAUAUGAAAUGUGUAAGUAAUUGUGAGGACAGUACUUUUGAGAUUGACGGCUCAAUGGAUGAAAAAAUUGAGGAAGCAGACAAGAAUCAAGCUGUGGAGAUUAAUAUACUUGAGCAUACAAAUUCUGGUGAUAUUGGAUUUGUUGGAGCUGAAUACCAGGACACAACUGAGGAUUCAAGUUCUUUUGAUGAUACUGUUUCUGGAGUUGAAAAAGGUACGGCAUUGAGUGAUGCUGAAAUGGAGUCUUUAUUGCAUGAUGAUGCUUCAUCAGCAUUGCCAUUUGAUGGACAAAGUGAAAUCUUUCAGAUCAGGAAGAAGAGGCUGACUCCUCAUUGGAGAACGUACAUACGGCCUCUUAUGUGGCGUUGUAAAUGGGUAGAAUUGCAGAUUAAGGAAUUUCAGUCUCUAGCAAAGAAGUAUGACAUUAAGCUUGCAGAAUGUCAACAAAGAAAGCGGUCAGAAUUAGAAAACUGCCCAUUAGAAGAUUCCUGUGCAAAGUCACAUCCAUUUUCUGGUCAAAGUCGAGGAAAAGAAGUUAUGAAGAGGAAGAAAAGAAAGAGAGUCGAAGACACAGUGGACAUAGCAUCGUAUUUGUCUCGCCAUAACCUGUUCUCCUACUAUGAGAGUAUGAGGUCUGCUGCUGAUGCUUCUAUGGUGGAAGAUGACUGGAGCAAGCGUGUGAUUAGUGCAGAGAAGACGAUGAAUGGAAAUGAGAUGGGGGGCAGUGAGGAGUUGUUAUCCCUUGAUUUCGGAGAUGAUAAUCCCAUGGAACAGAUCCUUUUGAAAAUUGAAAAUGUACUCACACAAAUUGGCGAGAUGAAGACCCGUCUCCAGAAGAUAACGAGCAAACAUGGGAUGCUCUCUCCUACUGAUAACUUGGGCCUGGUUGCAUCUGGUAAUGCAUUGACAAGCUCUGAUCAAACUCCUGCUUUUCUGCACAACAAUGGGGAUGGAAUGCCAGGUGGAUCUUCUUAUAAUGCAACUCAGUUUCAACCCAACUAUAAUCGGGAUGAUCUGGUUAUCCCUGAAAAUGAAGCUCCAAGUCACGGACAAGUGAACCAUGUCCCUGAUAUAACCGAAAGCACAGAUCAGCCUAAGGUUGGAAGUUCAUCCAAAAUUACUGGGGAUGGUGGAAUUUUGAUGUAUAAUCGUAGAGCCAAGGGCAAGCUAAGUAGCGCAAAGGAAGCCGACAUUAAGCCCAUGGAGAAGCCUCAAGUCCCAAAAGAAGAUCAAGAUAACUCUGUUCGUCUAAGUCAUCCUCGAGAUCAUGACCUUCCCUCGGAUGAUCAGCUGCCUCCAAAGAUUCGCUCAAUUUCCAAAAUUACUGCAAGUAAGAACAAGAGGAAACGUGGUAGACGGAAGGCUGGGUCGAGUAGGUGGAACAGGUGAUGCUCAAGUUAGAGAAUGGAUCAUUCCCAGAUCAAUCGUUUCACCCUACCUUGAUCAAGCAAUCUGUACAUGCAUAUUCAGCUAUUACACUUCUCCCCCUUCUUUGUUCAUCAAGAUUUUUCUGUUCCCUCAAUUCAACUGCUUCUGUAGAUGCCAUUAGCUUUGGUUCCAUCAUUCUGUGGCUCAAAACUAGUGCUUGUUCAUAAGCGUUGGAGUCGAGUAUGUAAAUUUAUCUGAGUUUCCAAUGACAUUAUUGCUAUAGAGAUAUCCCAUCUGUUGCCUCUAAAUAAUUUGGGGAUGAUGAGCUUCAGUCCUUUUGGUUUGCAGAUUUUGAGAGACCAUGUGGCAUCUAUUAUACUUUCUAGGCACAAGCAGAAGCUGUCAUGAUAUAUAUUUAGCCUUCUUGUUUUGUUUUCUUAUGUCA